AUGACGGUAGCAGAGUUCAUCGAGAGCAAGCUUUGGCGUAGCGGGCCCGAUUGGUUAGCUUGUCCGAAGGAAGAUUGGCCGAUUGCAACUCCUCAGAUCGUACCCGAAGCUGACCUUGAAACGCGCAUGGUAUCUGUAGCAGCAGUUACGGUUCCGUCCAUCAAUCCGCUUUUCUUACGGUGGUCCUCCUACCCUCGCCUACUGCAUGUCGUCGGACUCUGCCUUCGAUUCGCCGAUAAUUGCCGCUCCAGAAAUCGACCGCCACCGUCAAAUGAGUCUACACCAAGUACCAUCGUAGUAUCGCCCAGUUUGCUUCGUAGAGCAAAAGCAUUGCUGAUCCGUCUUGCCCAAGAGGACAACUUCGCCGAAGAGAUACGAAAAUUGGAGCAAGAGAGCACUGUAGGAAAACGAUCCCCCCUACGAAAGUUGAGCCCUUUCCUUGAUUCCGAGAGAGUAGUGAGAGUGGGAGGUCGGUUAAAUCAUUCGCUUCUGCCAUAUCAAGCUAAGCACCCUGCCCUACUUCCUAAAAUGCACCCAUUGACCCGCCUUAUUGCUGAGCAUCUGCAUAAAAAACUGCAACACGGCGGCGGGCGGACCCUCCUGACAGCGAUUAGGGAGGAAUUUUGGCCUAUCGACGGUCGUAGAUUAGUACGCAGCGUUGUACGGAAUUGCUUCAGAUGUCAGCGUCUUGAUCCAGUUCCGGCGCAACAACAAAUCGGCCAGCUGCCAGCAUCGAGAGUUACUCCAAGUCGUCCUUUCAGCGUGGUGGGUGUCGAUUAUGCUGGCCCUUUCUAUUUGAAGCCGAUUCACAAGCGAGCAGCUCCAACGAAAUCAUAUCUGUGCCUUUUUGUGUGCUUUUCUACGAAAGCGGUACAUUUGGAGCUAGUUUGCGAGCUUUCCACUUCCGCUUUCUUGGCCGCCCUUCGUCGCUUUAUUUCCCGUCGUGGCCGACCGAGUCACAUCCACUCGGACAACGGCAAAAAUUUCGAAGGAGCUAAAAACGAACUUGCCCAACUAUUUGCGCUGCUGUCUGAUGCCCAUCAAGCCAACGAAAUCUGCUCUUUCUGUGCGUCGGAAGGGAUUACCUGGCAUCUUACCCCUCCUAAAGCUCCCCACUUCGGUGGCCUAUGGGAGUCCGCCAUAAAAGUUGCCAAGAAGCACAUUUACCGUGUAGUUGGGUCAUCUCGAUAUUCCUACGAGGAUUUGUGCACUCUCUUUGCACAAAUUGAAGCCGUCAUGAACUCCAGACCACUACUUCCGAUGAGUGACGAUCCCAACGACUUGGCGGCACUUACUCCGGGGCACUUCCUCACUGGAUCUUCGCUGCUCGCCCUGCCCGACCCAGAUUUCCGCAACAUCCCAACCAGCCAAUUGGAUCACUACUGGAAGCUGCAACAUCUCUUGCAACGCUUCUGGACUCACUGGCAGCAAGAGUACCUGCAAGAGCUCCAGAGGGACACCAAGUGUUACGCCCGGAAUGAGGACAUCCUGCCCGGUAGACUCGUCAUUGUCGUCGAUGAGCAGCAGCCAACAACUCGUUGGCCAUUAGCCCGCAUCAUCCAGCUGCAUCCAGGACCAGACAGCAUCACCCGAGUCGUCUCUCUCCGUACGGCAAAAGGAAUCAUCAAGCGCCCCGUAGCAAAAGUGUGCAUCCUGCCGUUUGCUCCCGCAGACUCAGCUUCUCCAGUCGACAAUACUAGCCCAGGCGAUGAGGAAUCCCAGCGCGAUGAUUUAUCACCAGAUCCAGCGGAGGAGAACUAUUAA